AUGGUCGACUAUUGGGGUGUUAUAGCGAUUAUAUUCUUUUACCUACUGAUAUUAGUUGUUGGUAUUUGGGCUGGUCGAAAAGCGAAAAAUGUGAGCUCGAUGGUUGAGGGUCAACAAACUGAGGAGGUGAUGCUAGCUGGUCGCAAUAUUGGUACUCUGGUUGGCAUUUUCACGAUGACCGGUGCGUUUGAUUGCUUCAUUUUAUUUGUGCGUUACGGUGAUUUAUUCACUCGAAUUGAACAUCCAUCAGUCUGA